AUCUGAAAACACCCUGGAGAGCCAGCCUAAAAUAGUCUAGAGAGAGAGAGACAAAAUAGCUGUGUGUAUGGCUUCAGAGGCCCAGUAAAACUCAGUGAGGCCGCUCAUUUUGAUUUCACUCCACUCAGAUCUACAGAGAAUUGGAAGCCUCGAAAGCACAGUGAUAGGUAACAGAUCAGAAGCUGCUGGAUCUCCCAGUUCUGAACUCUUCUAGAGAAGACACUUCAUCCCAAGAAACAAGGAGUUUCCCUCAGGACUGGGCAAGGGCAAGAUCCCUGCAGAAUCCUCUGUGGAAGAUUUAUCCUGGCUUUACUGUGCACAUCAUCAUGCCUUUGCUGCCUUGCUUAAAAAAAAAGAAGUUGCCUGUGCCUUUAGGCAGGAAUGUCUUUCAAAAACACAACCCACCUGUCCAGCAGAACUACCAGGCAUUGCUAGAGAUGUGCUUGAAGAAUAAGUGCCUGUUCACAGAUGAGAAUUUCCCUGCUCACAUCAGCUCUAUUGGAACGGGGGCGCUACUGAAGAAACUCCCCCCAAAGCUGCAGUGGAAGAGGCCACAUGAUUUACAUAGCACUCCAGUAUUUUAUGCUGCAAACAGAAAGCAACUUGAUCUCUGCCAAGGAUUAGUGGAGAACUGCUGGUUCCUCGCUGCCCUGGAAGCGCUGACGUUCCACCAGGACAUCUUGGCUGCAGUUGUGCCACAACACCAGAGCUUUGACAAGAAAUAUGCUGGCAUUUUCCACUUCCGGUUCUGGCACUUCGGUGAAUGGGUUGAUGUGGUGGUUGAUGAUCGCCUGCCAGUGAAUGAAGCAGGGGAGCUGGUCUUCGUUUCCUCAGUCUAUAAGAAUGUGUUCUGGGGAGCCCUUUUGGAGAAGGCAUAUGCCAAGCUCUACGGCUCCUAUGAGGAUCUUCAGAUUGGGCAAGUUUCAGAAGCCUUGGUGGAUUUCACAGGUGGUGUUAAUAUAACGAUCAAGCUGGCAGCAGCUCCUCCUGAUCUGUGGGAUAUCAUGACAAGAGCAACCUACAGCAGAUCUCUCAUGGGCUGUCAGACACAUUUAGGGACAACAAAGGUCCUGAAGAAUGGGCUUGUUGCUGGCCAUGCCUACACAGUGAUUGGUAUUAGAAAGGUGACUUGUCACUAUGGACCAGAAAACUUGGUGAGACUGAGAAAUCCGUGGGGCAAAAUUGAAUGGAGAGGAGACUGGAGUGACAGCUCUUAUAAAUGGGAGUUGCUGAGCCCGAAGGAGAAGAUUUUGCUGAGGAAAAAGAAAGAGGAUGGAGAAUUCUGGAUGUCUCUGCAAGAUUUUAAGGUUCAUUUUGUAGAUCUGAUGAUCUGUAAAUUAACUCCAGACUUGAUGAGCAAGGAAGAUGGGAAGAAGUGGAUGUACUCACUGAAGAGUGGGAGAUGGGUUAAAGGAAGCACAGCAGGAGGAAGCCGGGGAUUCUGCAGUGACACAUUUUGGAUGAACCCCCAGUACUGGCUUGAAGUUUUACCAGCUGAAGACAGUAAAAAAAGCCUGGGCUCCUGCAAUGUGCUUGUAUCCCUGAUCCAGAAACACAGCAGCAAACACCGGAACCGAGCUCAUCACCUUUUCAUUGGCUUUUCCCUCUACAAGGUGAAAAAUGAAUAUUCUGAAAGCAACAAAAAGCUGCCCCCAGCAUUUUUCACUUGGCACCAGCCUGUGAACAAACACCAGCUCUUUGUGGAUGAGCGGGAAGUGACUCGGGACUUCCACCUGGAGCCUGGUGCCUACGUGAUUGUCCCGUCCACCCUGGAGCCUCAGCAGGAGUCUGAAUUCAUCCUACGAGUCUUCUCCCGGAAGCAUGUCCUUCGGGAGAUGGGCGGGAACCCCAGUUUCACCCUGUCCAAGGAAAUUGUCGAUAGGUAUGAAGGGAAGAUUUGGGAAGAUUUCUUCACAAAGCAUUUUGAACAGAAUCCUGAAAUAAAUGCUGUUCAGCUCCAGAGGAUCCUGAAUAAUGUAUCUUGGAGAAAUUUCCAGAGCUUUCGCCUGAGGUUCAGUCUGGAUGCCUGUCAGGGUAUCUUAGCACUCCUGGAUCUGAAUGCCACUGGCACACUGAGUAUUCAGGAGUUCAGAGUCCUGUGGAAGAGGCUGCUUUUCUACUCGGAAGUUUUCCAGAAAAGAGACAUUAACAGAACUGGAAGGCUUGACUUGGUGGAACUGCGUGCAGCUGUACAGGAGACAGGCAUCUCGCUCAGCAAUGAAGUCUGUAACCUGAUGGCAAUCAGAUACGGCAACUCUGACUUGCAGAUCAGCUUUGAGAGCUUUGUCUCUUUCAUGCUUCGAGUGGAGAUCAUGGGAGAGGCCUUUCGCAACUUAACACAAGAUGGCAAAGGGAUAUACCUCCGGGAAUCUGAGUGGAUGAUGAUGACUCUGUACUCCUGAAGCAACACUGUAAAGGAGAGGACAGUCAGGCCUGUACCACGAUGAGGAAGGCUGUUUUGUAUCAACCUUCUGCAUGUAUCAGACUUUCUGGGCUCAGCCCUGCAAUCUUUCCUCGCAUGAAAGUCCCACCUAAAGCAGAGUUGAUCUAAUGACCAUAGACUCAGUGAAAUGAAGUUUUGCCAAUUAAUGUAUUUAAGUCUUAUUGCAUGUUAGACAUCCCUUCUGAGAACAGACUGCUGGCUACCUACCACCGUGGGUGUACAGUGGGACACCAUGGAGCAUGGAGGCUGAGUUGUUGGGGUUGCUACUUUAUGCUGAUACUACAUCACUGUUGUUAUAGUAUGAUAUAUGUUGUGGUAGUGUCCGCAGGCUGCACUGAAUAAUGGGGCCUUACUGUGUUAAACGUCUCUUGAGCCUGGGAGAGAAACAGUCCCUGCCCUGAGUGGCUUGUCAUCUAAAAGGACAGAUCCCAAUUCUGCAGCUGCUAGGCCCAUGGUAGCAGGCAAAGAUCUGUGUACUUGUGAGGAAGAAAGGGUAGAGACUAUCUGAACUAAAUAGUGGAAACUGGGUGCGUAACUCUGAAUAGUGUUAGAGAACGUGUUAGAAGUGGGACUAUUCACAUGAAACACCAUGUUAGCGUUACUUGCUACAUCGAUCUGUAGGACCCUUUUUUACUUUCUUACCAUUUAGCUAUUUGGGCUGGGAAUUUCCAUGCUAAAUGCCUGCUACAGGUUGCUAUUUUGACUUUCCUGCUUUCCUGUGGACAGGACAGUUGUCUCUUCACCAGUGCCUAGUCUAGGCUGGACUCUGAAUGGAAACAGGACUCCUGUGAGAAAAACCAUGUAAUGAAAGACCAGACUUCUGUAGGAAGGAGUUUAAUAUUAAGUUUGCAUAAGCAGCCUCCCCCUGUGGCUUUUUCUAAAAUUUUAGUGUUUAAUCUCAUAAAUGUCCUUUUGGGGUACGUGUGAGGAUUGAGGAGGACUGUGGAUAAAAGAUAAACACACCCAUAAAAGCCUGAGCUCAGAUAUGUGCUCACUGCUGCAUUGAAGUCUGUGCAACAAUACGAGCAGAUUUGGAGAGAAAGCCUGUCUCGUAUAAGCAUUCCCAAUCAGGGCUCAUUAAACAAUUAAAAUGACAGUCUGCUCUUUAUUCCCUAGCACAGUCUGUUUCUAAACAGCAUUAUUUUCAUACUGGUUUUAUGAGAAGUGCUGUUGUUAGAACCAGAUAGAUAGAUAGCUCUGUUUGUGCUUGUUCUGAUUAUAGCAGAUGAUUUGUCUGUCACGAGUGGCCUGCUGUGGUGUCACUGGAGCCACAGGGCUCAGGUCUGUGAGGCAGGACAGGUUAGAGGGAGCUGGGACUGCUGGGGCCCUUGAGUACGGAUGUCGCAGCACUGCUGCCCCGCGAGGCUCCCAGAGAGGUUCUGUUAGCAAUUCCUGUCAUAAAGCACAUGCCCUCUCCCAACUGUCAUGCCUUUCUUUCCUUUUGUGACUUGCAGCUGAAUGUGACGGUGCAAACUAAAUUAGCCUGACUUAAUUUGCACCCGGCUAAGCGGGGGAUGUUCCAAACACUGGUUUGCUGUGUGCAAGAACAACACUGGAAGAACUGAAAGGGGUGUUAGAGGGAGCGCGGUCUUGCUCUUUCAGUGUGCUCUGGACAGAUGGUCCCUGGCACCCAUAUGUAUUGCCCUGGGUGGCUGGGGAGUCUAUGCAGUGCAGAGAGUUCACAGCAGCACUGGGCUGGGCACGAUGGAGUGGAAAAACUGUCGGUCCCACCAGGUUUUGUUACCCAGUGUGUGUCAUCAGGUGAGCACGAAUCAUUAGAGGCUGGCAGGAUGCUGGACUGCUGGAUGCUGGUCAUAACUUAAAUAGCCUCUGCCACAGGCAGUGUGGGAAAUUGCGGUGCAGGACACCCAUUUUCAAAUGCCAGUUUUACAUUUACAUUUUAAUGUUGUACAUACUGUUUUUUAUAUCAGAUUUUGUACUUAUUUACUUCAUACCUAUUUAAUGCAGAGGAAUGAAAUUGCGAGGAGAUUAUUUUGCUAUUGAUUACUUGAUCCAGGAAAGAAACAGAAUUCAUCUAUGCCAUGAAUCACUAAACAUUUGCAGCAAUAAACUUUAUUGAGCCAUGUGACUUGCUGUUACAGAAUUGUAAAGAAUGUUUUACUGGAAUGAUUAUACCAAGCCGUGUACAAUUCAAACUGAAUUAUCUGGCUCACAAUAAAAUGUUUUGGCA